AUGCUUUCCAGGAACACAGAGGAGCUUCUGACCAUACUUGACGGCGACGGCGAGCCCAUGAAGUUCUUGGAUGACGUGCUACCACCGAUGGACCCGAUCGAGCGCUGGGGCGAACUCUACACCGGCUUGGUCGAAAGGGACAUGGGUGCCAAUAUGCAGGUCAUACUCGACGUCAUGUCUUACAUCGUUUUCGCAUACUGGCUCAUGGAUGUCCCAGCGAGUCUUCUCACAGGCUACGACAGCGGGGGGAUCUUGGAGAUGCGAGUGAGAGUUGUCGCGCAGCACUAUGCGAAAGGCUGGCUAAUUCCCGACAUCAUCGUGUUGAGCCUGGACAUUGUCAUCUUCAUCGUCUUCGGCCUCAGCUCGUCCAGCGAGGGCGACGACAGCUUACCCUCGCUCCGCAUCGCGCGUGCUCUUCGCCUAAUCCGCUUCGCACGGCUGCUGCGUCUCCACAAGGUGUGGCAUUUGGUGGACGAUCUCCUGGACCGCAUGAAAACGGACAGCUUUCUGCUGAGCAUCAAGAUCAUCAGGAGCCUGGCCGUAGUCCUGGCAAUCAACCAUUACGUCGCCUGCACCUUCCUGGCUUUGGCCUUGCUCAUCGAGGAAGAGAGCAUUACUUGGCUCAUGCUCGCGGAUUUGGACCAAGUGCCAUUCACGACGCAAUACCUCUCUGCCCUGCACUGGUCGUUGACCCAGUUCAUGCCCGCAACCAACAACAUCGCACCGAAUAGUGCGUAUGAGCGGGUCUUCGCCAUCAUCGUGGUCCUUAUUGGCUUGGCGGUGUUUUCCUCUUUUGUCAGCGGUGUGACGAACACGGUAAAUCAGCUUCGGCAGAUGCAUGUGGACCACUUCAGGACCGAAACUCGCGUCAAGUCGUUCCUCACCCAGAAGUCUAUCUCCGUGGAUGUCUGGUGCCGAGUGCAGCGCUUCGUGCGAUUGCAGGUCGUGCUGGCCAAGAAAUCACUCAAGGAGGCGGACAUCCCUCUUCUGAAGGACCUGCCCUUCAGUUUGCGCGUGAAGCUUCACCAGGAGAUCUACAUGCCUGUUCUCUUGACCGCCGGAUGGCUGACGGAAGAGAUGGUGGAGCUUGACGAGCCCCUGGUUUUGCGGCUCUGUGACAAAGUCUUCUCCGAGAAAGUGGCGACAGCUCUCCACGAAAUCUUCAUGGAAGGGGCAGAGUGCACUGAAGCAGUGAUCGCAGGCGGCCCCAUGCGCUAUGACAGCCGGAAGCGCCAGGAAAAAGAGUACAUAUCGCAGGACACUGCCGGUGCAGAGCUUUUGGCUUUGGACUAUUGGCUCUGUGAGCUGUGCUUGUUCGCUCAUUGGGAGUGUCUUGGCCAGCUGGAGUGUCGUGCGCAUGAGUUCUAUUUCAGGUGCGUGCCCUGUAGAAAACAGUUGGACAAGUUGCGAUAUACGUGA